AUGCUCCACUUCGCCAACGUCCUCGGCCCCGCCUGGCCCGUCGUGCUCGUCACCCUCCGCGCCAACUGGAUCGAGCCCCCCAGCCCGGCCUUCCGCCGCCUCAUGGCCGAGCAGCGCAUCCGCAUCUUCUUCCUCCCCGACGACACCACCUUCCCCGACCACCCCUCCGUCUCCAAGUUCUUCACCCGCCCCUGGCUGUGGGAGCGCUUCGCCUCCGCCGACCGCGUCCUGCUGUUCCAGGCCGACUCCGUCCUCUGCAGCCGCAGCGAGCGCCGCGUCUCCGACUUCCUCGAGUGGGACCUCGUCGGCGCCCCCAUCAGCAGCGCCUACGGCGUCGGCUACAACGGAGGGCUGUCGCUGCGCAACCCCAAGGCCCUGCUGGACAUCACGCGCGACCCGGCGAAUGCAAAGAUCCCCAGCUGGGAGAAGUUUGAGGACCAGUGGUUCUACAUGAAGCUCAAGACGCGGGGAGAAGGAGGGGAACCGGGCACCGAGGCGAGGCUGCCCAGCGUCGAGGUCGCUAGCCAGUUUGCCGUGGAGACGGUGUGGGCUGAGGAGCCGUUGGGCUAUCAUCAGCCUUUCCGGUGGCUUACGCCUGCGCAAAAGACAAAGGUUAUGGAGUGGUGUCCUGAGGUGGCCAUGUUGCAGGAUGCGAGCCACUUUUUCUCAUAA